AUGAAUAUAGUAGUUUGGAACUGUAGGGGUGCUCUGAAGCCCAAAUUUCAGAGUCAUGUGCAGGAGCUUGUUCGGUGUCAUGAUCCGACUUUGUUAAUGGUUAUGGAGACCCGUGUGGGUGGAGAUAGAGCUCGUGAUGUAACUGAUCGGCUCCCAUUUGACGGUGUAUUUCAUGCUGAAACGAUUGGUCGAAAAGGGGGGCUAUGGCUUCUCUGGUAUUCAGAUAGAGUGGAGGUGGAGCUACUAGCAAGUUCUGAACAAGAAAUUCAUGCUACAGUCAAGGUACGUACCUCUAAUUCUAAAUGGUUGUUCUCUGCUGUCUAUGCUAGUCCUAGGAGUGUGGAGAGGCAUAUUUUGUGGAAUAAUUUGUCGAAUGUAGCUGAGUUGCAUAACAUGCCAUGGGUUAUUGCUGGGGAUUUUAAUGAACCUUUCUCUGGUGAUGAUAAGUUUGGAGGUAGAGUGGUUAGUUCAAACCGGUCUUUAUUGUUUAAAGAAUGCUUAGAUAAUUGUAAUAUGGUGGAUUUAGGCUUCUCUGGUCCAAGGUUCACAUGGACUAAUCGAAGAAAAGUGCAAAAUCUCAUCCAAGAGAGAAUCGACAGAUUCUUUGUCAACCCGGAGUGGUGUGUCCUUUUUCCAGAAGCAAGAAUAACGCAUCUCACUAGAUGCCACUCCGAUCAUUGUCCGGUCCUUCUUGAAACUAAACCGCAGAACAGGGUGCGGCUAAACCGCCCUUUCAAGUUUCAAAAGUUCUGGCUGGCAGAUAUGUCCUUUCCCAGAGUGGUAGAUCAGGCCUGGAAUCAGUCUUCUCAUCUUGAGGAGGCUAUUGAUAAAUUUAUGGUUAAGGUCAAUGAUUGGAAUAGAGAUCAGUUUGGAAAUAUUUUCUUCAAGAAAAACCGCAUACAAGCCCGUUUGAAUGGUGUUCAGCGGGCUAUGGCCAUUCAGCCUUCUAGCUCUCUUGUAGAGCUCGAGAAUAACCUCCUCAAGGAGUUAGAGAUUAUUUUGAAUCAAGAGCAUGAGUUGUGGGCUCUUAAGUCUCGAGUAAAUUGGAUGGUCCAAGGGGAUCGAAAUACUGCAUUCUACCACGUUUCGACGCUAGUGAGAAGGAACAGAAAUCGUAUUACUGCUAUUAAAAAUAGUGUUGGUGACUAG